CAUGGCCACCGUCCAAUGACUGAAGCAAGUAAAAGCAAAGUGUGCAGACUACAUGACGCCAUGGUUGUGGUGGUUGUGCCCGAUGUGUCUUCGGAAGUCGAUAACAAGGGACUUAUUAAUUUUGACUUUCUUAUGCCAAAUGGGAUCCUCAUUGCAAUGAAAGUAGACUUUUAUUGUGCUACAUUUGAAAAAAUUAAGCAGGACUUAUGGCAAGAAGCAUCAAAGCAACCACUUUAUUCUCUACUUCGGAGCUAUGAGGAAUAUGCCUUCCAGUUUAUCAACAACCAAGGGAAAAGGGAAGAAGUAUUGUGGGAAAGUCAUUCUCUGUCUGAAAUACAACUUUGUGCAACAUGCUUAAAACUCAUAGAAAAAGAAUUGAACAACGAAAGACGUUACUCUUUAGACCGACGCAUAAAUUCUUUAAUUUCAAUUCCAAGUUAUGAAUUAACAGAUCUGCAAUCUAGUGAAGUGGAAAAUUUCCGUGUAAGGAUCAAGGCUUACUGUGAUAAGAUUGUUCUAGAAAGGGAUCACUUGGGAUGGGAUGAAAGAAUUAGAUACUGCUUCCCUCCUCGGCUGUGUAAAAAAGAAUUGAGAACAACGAUUAUAGAGAAAUUGAAUGCAGAGAAACUAACUGAGGGUUAUUUUUCAAUUGAGGUCUCUCGAGACAAAAAGGUUGUCAAAGAAGAAGUAUUGUGCAGCUUUUACCCAAAACAGUUAGUGUCUGAUCUGGUAAAAAGAAGAGCUAAGGAGCUGGGACUUAAAGAUUUGGAUGCUACUAACUAUUUGCUCAAAGUAUCAGGAUUGGAUGAAUAUUUAUAUGGAAACCAUGCUCUCAUAGAUUUUAAGUUUAUUUAUGAAUGUCUUCACAAGGACUCUGUUCCCAGGGUAUGUUUGGUGACUCGGUCGGAAGUUUCUUUACCAGCUCCAAUUAUACCACCCAGGAAAUCGUCGUCUUCAUUUUCUUCACGGAAUACUCAAGAAAAUGUCAUACCAGAUAUACAUUCUUGGGAUAUCUUUACAAGAGUUACUAUCAAAAUCAAUUGUGUUACUCAAGUGGAAAUUUCGGAUGGCAACAGAGUAAAGGUAGUUGCAGGUCUCUAUCUUGGUCACGAUGUGUUGUGUGAUGUGGUCUCAACAGACGAACAGACUCUAUCCCAGCGGACCUGUGUCUGGAAUUCAGAACUGACCUUUGACCACUUGGUCAGUGACCUCCCGGAGAUGACCCGGAUCUGUUUCAUGUUGUAUUCUGUUGGCACAGGGAAGAAUAAGAGGAAUAAGGAUGCAAAUCCAUUAGCUUGGGCAAACAUCCCCUUGUUUGAUUACAAAUCUCGGCUUCGGUGUAACACCUGUGAACUGUUUAUGUGGCCAAUCCAAGAUGAUCUACAAUUAGAUGAACCUUGCUUUCCUAUCGGAACUGUAACUCCAAAUCCUGACGGUAAGAAAGCUACAACCCUCCGUGUUUGUUUCUCAACGUAUAACAGAGAUAAGAGAAUUGUAUAUCCACAAAAACAAGAGAUUUUAGGUAAAGCUGCUGAAAAUAUGGAGCCUGUUGGUUCAUUUGGAUCUCCAAUGUGGAGGCCUAACAAGAUCGUAAUUGACCAAGUACGGAAAAUCAUCGAAGAAGGAAAUGCUCUCUUUGAACAGGAUAAAGAACUUCUGUGGCGAUUGCGUCACGAAAUCAAACAUCGGUUUCCCAAUUCUCUACCUUUGCUGCUGUCAUCUGUAAAAUGGAAUAACAAAAUUGAUCUUUCAAAGAUGCAAGCAUUAUUAAUGAGUUGGCCAAAACUAAACUGUGAACACAGUUUAGGUUUACUUGAUUUUGCAUAUGCUGACAGAGUUGUGAGAGAAUUUGCUGUGAGUUGUCUUCAAGAACUGCCAGAUGAUGAAAUCAUGCAGUAUCUGCUACAAUUAGUACAGAUACUGAAGUAUGAAAGUUAUUUAUAUUGUCCAGUCGUUGAGCUGCUGUUAAGCCGAGCUUUACGAAACCGGUGUUUUGGACAUAGAUUUUUCUGGCUUCUCAAGUCGGAAAUGCAUGAAUGCCAAGUAAAUGUAAGGUUUGGUCUCAUACUGGAAGUCUACUGUAAAUCUUGUGCUGAUCACACGAAGGACUUGAUACGUCAAAAUGAAGCUUUGUUGAAGAUUAACUCAGCCAAUAUGCUUAUCAAGAACACAACGUUGAACAUUGGUGACAAGAAAGUAAAAGACACACUUCUGAAAGAUUUCCAGGCAGUUCUCAGUCAGAAAGCAUACAUGGAGGCUCUCAACGAACUUCAUAGUCCAUUAAACCCCUUGUGGAAAAUGAAUAAAUUAAUAAUUGAUGAAUGCAAAUUUUUAGAUUCCAAAAAACGUCCAGUAUGGCUAGUGUGGCGAAACGAAGAAGCUUGCCAAAGUAAUGAGAAAUUCUCUAUUAUAUACAAGAACGGUGAUGACCUCCGACAAGACAUGCUGGCGCUGCAAAUUAUCCAAAUUGUUGACUCCAUUUGGCAAGAAGAAGGUGUGGAUCUCAAAAUGAACCCGUAUGGUUGUCUGUGUACUGGAGAAAACACUGGAAUGAUUGAGGUGGUUUCCAAUGCUGAAACCAUAGCUUCUAUCCAACGCAAAUAUUAUGGGACUGAUAAAUGUGUUUACGAAUGGCUGAAACAGCACAAUACCACUGAUGAAAAAUUAGCAAAAGCAGUCACAGACUUUUCUCUCUCCUGUGCUGGUUACAGUGUCAUCACCUACGUCUUGGGAAUUGGUGACCGGCAUAACGACAAUAUCAUGAUCAAAACCAAUGGCCAGCUUUUUCACAUAGAUUUUGGUCACAUUUUGGGCAACAAGAAAAAGAAAUUUGGUGUUAAACGAGAAAGGGUACCAUUUGUGCUGACAUCACAUUUUGUUUAUGUCAUUAAAAAUGGUGAAGGCCAGAAUGAUAAUUUCCAAAAGUUUGAAGAGAAUUGCCAAUUAGCCUAUAUGAUU